AUGGAAAAUGAAACAUCAAUUGUAAAAGAAGAAGAAACUACUGUUGUGCCAACACCAACAAAUGAUAUUGAAAAAACAGAUUCAGUAACAACUGCAACUACAACUACUGCAACUACUACUGAAACAUCAGCAACUACAACAUCAACACCAAAUACACAACCAAUAGAUAAUGUAAAUACAAAUACAAAUUCUUCAUCUUCUUCUUCAUUCCCACAUAAAGUUGAUAGAACUGAAGAAAGUUUAGGUAUUAAAUUAUUUUUAGGUAAAUCAGGAUCAUGGAGUGGACUUUUAAAACAAAGAUUUUCAGAUUUUAUUGUUAAUGAAAUUGAUGAACAAGGAAAUGUAAUUCAUUUAAAAAAUGUGGAUUAUAAAGCAGAUGAACAACAACAAUCAACUGAAUCAACUGAAUCAACAACAACCAAAGAAGAAGAUUUACAAAAAUUAGUUGGUGAAGAGAAAACUAAAGAAUUUACACAAUUCUUUGAUGGUCCAAAUAAAACUGAUCCAAAAGCAUUCUUUUUAUUUGAUGUAAAUGAAAAUAAAGAACAAAGAACUGAAUUACAUAAAGUUAUAAAAUUAAGAUAUAAUUUAGUUUCUGAAACUGAUAAUGGUAAAGUUAAAGUUUGGGCUGAGGCUAAUCCAAAAAAGAAAUCAAUUAAUGAUAGACAACAAUGGCCAAUUGGUAAACCAAAAUAUGUUGAAUUUAAAUUAUGUAAAGAGAAUAGAGAUACGAUGGAUACAUUGAGUAUGAUGUCAAGAAUAUUAAGAAAUAGUGAAAAGAAUUUCUCAUUUGCAGGUACAAAAGAUAAGAGAGGUAUAACUACACAAAGGGUUACCGUUUGGAAAGUUACACCAGAGAAAUUGGUUGAAUUGAAUAAUAGGAUCUCAACACUUUCACCACCAGUUCGUAUUGGUGAGUAUAGAUUCGUAGAGAAUCAUUUAAGGUUGGGUGAUUUAUCAGGUAACAGAUUCUCUAUUGUAAUUAGAGAGAUUCAAGGCGCCGAUGACCAAUUGAUAACAGAAUCCAUUGAAACUUUCAAGAAAACUGGAUUCAUUAAUUAUUUUGGUAUGCAAAGAUUUGGUACUGGUGCAAUUCCAACCUAUGAGAUUGGCAUUGCAAUGAUUCAAGGUAAUUGGGAGAAAGCUGCAAAGUUAAUACUAGAUCCACGUGAUGGUGAACGUGAUGACGCAACCAAAGCCAGACUCUAUUAUAAAGAAACUGGCGAUAUUAAAAAAACACUCACAAUGUUGCCACGUGGUUUAAACGCAGAGAGAAAGCUAUUACUCGGUUUAAAGAAUGGUCAGUCCUCUUAUCAAGAUGCUUUCUACAGUAUACCACGUACACUUCGUAUGCUCUAUACUCAUAGUUAUCAAUCUUUAAUUUGGAAUUUAAUGGCAACAAAAAGAAUUGAAUUAUUUGGUUUUAAUAAACCAAUCGUUGGUGAUUUAGUUAUAAUUUCUGAAGAAUCAAUUGAUAAUAAAAAAAAUGAAGAAGAAUCAAAAGAUAAUAACAAUAAUAGUAAUGAUGGUGAAGAAGAAAUUGGUGGUGAUGAAACUGAAAUUGAAGAGAAAAAAGUUAUAAAAGUUGAUUAUGUUACAGAAGAUGAUGUAAAGAAUGAUCGUUAUACAAUUCAACAAGUUGUUUUACCAUUAAUUGGUGGUAGUACAAUUUUACCAAAGAAUAUUAUUGGUGAAUUGUAUGUUGAAGAAUUAGCAAAGAGUAAUAUUCAACCAUCACAAUUUAUUAGUAAAAAUCGUGCAAUCGAUCUUAGAGGUGGUUAUCGUAAAUUAUUGGAAACUGCCAAAGAUACCACCUAUAAGAUUUUCAAUUACGAUGAUUUCACAAUUCCAUUAGCAUUAUCUGAUAUUGAAAUUCUUAAAGGCUCUCAAGAACCAGUCGAUGUUCCUAAUGGUAAACAUAAAGCAGUUAGAGUUUGUUUCAAUUUACCAAGUUCAACUUAUGCAACAAUGGCAUAUCGUGAAAUUUUAAAAUCAUCAAGUGAUAUGACUUCUCAAAUGAAUAUGAUCAAUAAGAAUGUUAAUUCAAAUAAUAAAAGAACUUUAGUAGAUAUUAAUAAUAAUAAUAAUAAUAAUGAUAAAAAUGAUGCAAUAUCAUCUGAAACUAAAGAAAAGGUUAAUUCUGGUCAAAUUGAAGAACAACCAUUAAAAAAACAAAAUACAAAUCAAUAA